CACCUAGCAGCAAUGGCGCCGUUGCAGAGCUCCCAGCCAUGGGUUGAGAAAUAUCGGCCAAAGCAAGUGAAGGACGUUGCUCACCAAGACGAAGUCGUUCGGGUUCUCACGAACACACUCGAGACAACGAAUUGUCCGCACAUGCUAUUUUACGGGCCUCCGGGUACCGGAAAAACAACGACAGCUCUUGCAAUUGCUCAUCAGCUUUAUGGGCCCGAGUUAUACAAGUCUAGAGUAUUAGAGCUGAAUGCUAGCGAUGACCGUGGUAUCAAUGUUGUUCGUACGAAAAUUAAAAACUUUGCCGCAGUUGCUGUCGGUUCUGCUCGACACGGUGGAUAUCCAUGCCCACCUUAUAAGAUCAUAAUUCUCGAUGAGGCAGAUUCAAUGACCGAAGAUGCUCAGAAUGCCUUGCGGCGUACGAUGGAGACGUAUUCUAAAGUUACAAGAUUCUUCUUCAUAUGUAACUAUAUCAGCAGAAUUAUAGAACCCCUUGCAUCUAGGUGUGCUAAAUUCAGAUUCAAGCCACUUACAGAAGAAAUCAUGAACAAUCGUAUUUUAUAUAUUUGCAACGAGGAAGGUAUCAACUUGGAUUCAGAGGUAUGGAUUAACAUACUUUACUUCUCAUGCAUGUUUAACUAGUAUUUGCUC